AUGCGAAGGAGUCCCUCUGAUAGCUGCUUCCGGUGAAAAAAUCGUAUAAAAUGAAUGGUUGUUGUGAGAGUGUCAGAAGCUAGCCGUUGCUCCUGAUAACAAGAGCUCCACAUACUACGCUGUUUAAAAGUUGUGAAAAAAUAAGAGACCAAACUGAAGAUGUCGAGCCAAAGGAAGUUCUUCGUGAUCGGGAACUGGAAGAUGAACGUUGACAAAGCCCGGAUCGACCACAUUGUCAAGUUCAUGUCGGCGGCUUCGUUGGACCCGAACACAGAGGCCGUGGUUGGCUGCCCUUCUUGCUACCUGUCAUACGCCCGCCAGAGACUCCCUGACGAGAUCGCUGUUGCCGCACAGAACUGUUACAAGGUCGCUCGUGGUAACUUCAGCGGCGAGAUUUCUCCCGCCAUGAUCCUGGACUCCGGCUGCGAGUGGGUGAUCCUGGGUCACCCUGAGCGAAGGACCAUCUUCAAGGAGUCCGACCAACUCAUCGCCGAGAAGGUCGCACACGCGCAGCAGGCUGGCAUCAAGAUAAUCGCGUGUCUGUGCGAGACGUCGGAGGAUCGCGAGAAUGGUCGCACGGAGGAUGUCCUGUUGGACCAGAUGAAAUCCCUCGCCGCCAGCAUCAGCGACUGGUCUGACGUGGUGAUCGCCUUCGAGGCUCUGUGGGCCAGUAAUACCGGCGUCCUGGCCACAGCUGAGCAGGUGCAGGAGGCCUUGGCCAACAUACGACAGUGGCUGCGUGCCAACGUGAGCGAGAAGGUGGCCAACAGCACCAGAAUCAUCUACGCAGGUUCCGUUUCGUCCAGCAACUGUCGAGAGCUGGCUCAGCUGGAGGACCUGGACGGCUUCCUGGUGGGGAGCGCGGCCCUCAGACCCGACAUCGUCGACAUCAUCAACGCUCGACGACCCGACGUGUCCAGCCUCAUCGCGCACUUCGACCGACCCAGCGGCCGACGCGAGUGGCUGCCGGCCGCCUCAGGCGCGUCGGCCGCUGGGUCGGUCGAAGUGCGCGAUGAGGCUGGACACGUCGGGUCGUCGAGCGUUGAUGAUGUCGACGAUGUCGGGUCUGAGGGCCGCGCUCCCCACCAGGAAGCCGUCCAGGUCCUCCAGCUGAGCCAGCUGUCGACAGUUGCUGGACGAAACGGAACCUGCGUAGAUGAUUCUGGUGCUGUUGGCCACCUUCUCGCUCACGUUGGCACGCAGCCACUGUCGUAUGUUGGCCAAGGCCUCCUGCACCUGCUCAGCUGUGGCCAGGACGCCGGUAUUACUGGCCCACAGAGCCUCGAAGGCGAUCACCACAUGCCAUUAAGAGUAAGAGAAAGCGAGGAGGAGAAGGCUCACCUUGAUGCCAGCCUGCUGCGCGUGUGCGACCUUCUCGGCGAUGAGUUGGUCGGACUCCUUGAAGAUGGUCCUUCGCUCAGGGUGACCCAGGAUCACCCACUCGCAGCCGGAGUCCAGGAUCAUGGCGGGAGAAAUCUCGCCGCUGAAGUUACCGUGGACUUUUAUAUAAUCGUCUUUCCUGUUAUAAUUCGGAAAAGGAGAGCUUACCUUGUAACAGUUCUGUGCGGCAACAGCGAUCUCGUCAGGGAGUCUCUGGCGGGCGACAAUCCAUGCCGAUACUUCAAAAGCCAAAGGUCUCCAAAAGCGACCUUGGGAAAUACCAAGAAUGACAUCCAGCCACAACUUCUGUUUGGGACAAGUAAAACUAGCAUUGCAUUUGCAAAUUUGUGUACAAAAGCCAGCGUCAAAAAGGAGCGCAAUUGCCGCCCGCGUCAGCCGCGUCGGAUCAAAAUUGUCACUUUAGUUGAUGUUAUCAUGAUUCACUUUCGCGCGUCGGCCGCUGGGUCGGUCGAAGUGCGCGAUGAGGCUGGACACGUCGGGUCGUCGAGCGUUGAUGAUGUCGACGAUGUCGGGUCUGAGGGCCGCGCUCCCCACCAGGAAGCCGUCCAGGUCCUCCAGCUGAGCCAGCUCUCGACAGUUGCUGGACGAAACGGAACCUGCGUAGAUGAUUCUAGUGCUGUUGGCCACCUUCUCGCUCACGUUGGCACGCAGCCACUGUCGUAUGUUGGCCAAGGCCUCCUGCACCUGCUCAGCUGUGGCCAGGACGCCGGUAUUACUGGCCCACAGAGCCUCGAAGGCGAUCACCACUCCAGACCAGUCGCUGAUGCUGGCGGCGAGGGACUUGAUUUGGCCCAACAGGACAUCCUCCACCAACCGUUCCCAGCGAAGCUCGAGCUCAACCCAGGAUACCGGAAGCUCCAAGUACGUUUGUUUGGUUUUGUGGCCAAGCAUAAAACUGGCGUCGCCCGGGAAACGGCUGAUAGUCCUCGCCUCAGUGGCCAGCGAGAACGUUUCCCGAUGACUCUCCGCCGAGGAAGCAAGAUGAUAGCCAAGAGGAAGUUCCUGGUUGCGGGCAGCUGGACAUCACAAGCGGACUCGAGCGCAGAGGGCAAGAGAGAGAGUUUGUGUUCGUUCCUGUCGUAUGCUCGACAGCAUCUUCCUGUCGAGAUCGCCACGACUGUUCGUGACGGUCAUGAGGACGAGGAAACCUUCUGCAGGGACUGCGACUGCCACUGGGAAGUGGUGGGCGGAGCUUCGUCCGGCAGUUCCGAUUCUGAGCUGAAGGAAGCGAUUGUCGAAGCUGAGCGGGCAGGCAGGAAGGUGAUCGUCUGUUUGCAUGAGACGUCGGAGGAUCGCGAGAAUGGUCGUACGGAGGAUGUCCUGUUGCGCCAGAUGAAGUCCCUCGCUGCCAGCAUCAGAGACUGGUCUGACGUGGUGAUCGCCUUCGAGGCUCUGUGGGCCAGUGAUACCGGCGUCCUAGCCACAGCUGAGCAGGUGCAGGAGGCCUUGGCCAACAUACGACAGUGGCUGCAUGCCAACGUGAGCCAGAAGGUGGCCAACAGCACCAGAAUCAUCUACGCAGGUUCCGUUUCGUCUACCAACUGUCGAGAGCUGGCUCAGCUGGAGGACCUGGACGGCUUCCUGGUGGGGAGCGCGGCCCUCAGACCCGACAUCGUUCCCGCGAUCACUUCUUCACGAGUGUCUCGCUCGUCCCUCUGGGCGACGCACGAGGCCCUCAGCUCGACCGCCCAGCUCAUCCAGCAGCUUCGCCAGCGAGAAUACGCCAGGAGGCUAGCGGCGACGACGCGCUGUCCGAAACGAUACAUUUGAAGGGUUUUCAAUGACGUUUUGGGAAGACUCCUCCAGAAGAUUGAGGUGUAAACAAGUCUUGCAUUCAUGAAUGCUUGGUUUGUUAAUGCAGUGACAAUAUUAUUUAUUAUGACAGUAUUUAUUUUUGUGCAACUAUAUUUUCUAAUAAUAAAAAUAUCUUUACAAACCUAUUGCUUUUUAGACUGCAAUAAAUAUACAAAGAUUAUAAAACCACAUGCAGCUCAUGGAUUAGAUAACGUGAAACUAACGAAAAAAGAAAGAAUAGAAAGAAGGAAAACAAGCCCAUCGGAAAUGUGGUUGACCCCGCCCCCCCCCAAAAAAAAAAAAAAAAAAAAUCAGUAGAAAUCCAAAGGAAGGAGAGGUAGUCGCAUGAAGAGUCUAAGAGAACAUGUGAAUAUGCGUUUGUGAAUAGCAUGUCUGCCCUGAAGGUUUCCAGACCUCCAUGUAUCAUUAUUCAGGUAUUUUCCUUUU